AUGGGGGUUUCUAAAGAUGUCAGAGAAAGAUUGAGAGGCGAUUGUAAAAGCAGAGCUUCCAUCAAAACACAAACAACUGGUUCAGAAAUGGAGAAAAGUAUCUAUACAAUUCUUACCAUUGACCGUUGGGAAUCACUGAACCACAUGGAAUAUAGAUUGGCUUCACUAAGGCCAGUUCAUGGAAGGCUAGCUUUGAAAUUCCUCAAUUGGGUCAUCAAGCAACCUGGUUUGGACCUCAGUUAUAUUACUCAUAUGUACUGUAUCACAACCCAUAUAUUGGUUAGAGCUAGAAUGUAUGACUCGGCCAAGUCAAUUUUGAAACAUUUAUCUCAGAUGGGUAUCGGGUCUCAUUCUGUUUUUUCUUCUCUCAUGGACACAUAUGCUCUUUGCAAUUCAAACCCUGCAGUUUUUGACCUUCUAAUUAGGGUUUACAUGCGAAAUGGGAUGGUUGAAGAUGCUGUAGAGACAUUCCAUUUGAUGGGUUUUCGGGGUUUUAAGCCGUCUGUUUAUACUUGCAAUAUGCUGCUAGCAACAAUGGGGAAGAUCUGGUGCAUAAGAUUUCUGUGGUCACUUUUUAGGGAAAUGCUUUCAAAAAAUAUUUGCCCUAAUGUUUGUACAUUUAAUAUAUUGUUGCAUUUUCUUUGUACGAGUGGCAAGCUAAAGAAAGCCGGUCAUCUCCUUAAGAGGAUGGAGAAGAGUGGUUAUGUUCCGACAGUAGUUUCUUACAACACUUUACUGAAUUGGUAUUGCAAGAAGGGAAGGUACAAAGCGGCUUUUGAACUGAUUGAUCGAAUGGGUUGUAAGGGUCUUAAGGCAGAUGUCUGUACAUAUAACAUGUUAAUAGAUGAUUUGUGUAGAAAUAACAGCAGUGCCAAAGGUUAUUUAUUGUUGAAGAAGAUGAGGAAGAUGAUGGUAUUUCCAAAUGAAAUCACCUAUAAUACUCUCAUAAAUGGUUUUAUUAGAGAGGGAAAGAUUGCGGUCGCUACUAAGAUUUUUGAUCAGAUGUCAAAGUUUAAUCUUUCACCAAACUGUAUCAGUUACAAUGCUUUGAUAGAUGGACAUUGUCAGGAAGGCAAAUUUGAAGAAGCUUUCAAAAUUCUGGAGAAAAUGGAAGAAAGGGGAUUAAGGCCAAAUGAAGUUAGUUAUGGGACUCUUUUGAAUGGCUUAUGCAGGCAUGACAAACUAGAUUCAGCAAGAAUUCUUUUUGAGAGGAUUAGAAUGUAUGGUAUCGUUAUUGGUCGUAUUACCUAUACAACACUGAUUGAUGGGCUACUCAAAAAGGGAAUGCUCGAAGAAGGUGUGCAUCUGCUUGAUAAAAUGUUCAAGGAUGGUGUGAGUCCGGAUGUUAUCACAUAUUCGGUUCUUAUAAAUGGAUUUUGCAGAGCAGGAAAGAUAGACAAUGUGAAAGAGAUAAUAUGCAAGAUGUGUAGGUUUGGCCUUGAACCAAACAAUAUCAUGUGGUCUACGUUAAUAUAUAACUCUUGCAAGCAGGGAAAUGUUAAUGAAGCAUUGAAAUUGUAUGCGGUGAUGAAUUUGAAUUGUUAUGGUGCGGAUAUUUUCACAUGCAACACAAUAGUAGCUUCUUUUUGUAGAACUGGAAAGGUAAGGGAGGCUGAGAAGUUCAUGCAUCACAUGAAUAGGAUCGGCCCCGUUCCUAAUUGCAUUACUUUAGACACUGUUAUAAAUGGCUAUGGAGAAGUAGGCAACGGGUUGAAAGCCUUUUCCUUGUUUGAUGAAAUGAUUAAGAUGGGUCACCACCCUAGUCAUUACACAUAUGGGAGUUUACUGAAAGGACUAUGCCAAGGAGGACAUUUUGAAGAGGCUGUAAAAUUCUUGAGUAAACUCCAUUACAUCCCUUGCUGUGUGGAUGUUGUUGUCUACAACACAUUGCUGGCUGAGGCCUGUAAAUCAGGGAAUUUGCAAGUGGCAAUAAUCCUUUUGGAUGAGAUGAUCUCCAAUAACGUGCUCCCUGAUAGGUACACAUAUGCGAAUCUUCUUGCUGGAUUAUGUAGAAAGGGCAAGAUGGUUGCUGCAAUGCUACUGUUUGAAAAAGCAAUGGAAAGAUCAUUCUCUCCGAACCAUGUUAUGUAUACAUGCUUGAUCGAUGGGCUUUUCAAAGCAGGCCAGCCAAAGGCUGCUGCUUAUUUUUAUGAAGAGAUGCUAAAGAAAGGUAUCAACCCUGAUACAGUUGUAUUAAAUGCAAUUAUAGAUGGCUAUUCCAGAAUAGGGUGCAUAGAAAAGGUGAACAAUUACUUUUCUACGAUGAAAGGUGGAAGUUUAUGCCCUUGUUUGGCUACAUAUAAUAUUCUCCUACGUGGCUAUUCAAAACAACAGGAUAUACCAAGAUGCUUUGCAAUAUACAAUACCAUUAUUAGGAAAGGUUUUGUUCCGAAUGAAUUGACAUGCCAUUCUCUAAUUCAUGGGCUUUGCAAGUCAGGUGUGCUGGACAUUGCUGUGAAAAUUUUGAGAAACAUGGUUAUGGAAGGUACAGCGGUUGAUAAGCGUACUUUUGACAUGCUAAUCACCAAAUGCAGCAGCAAUGGUGAGAUGGGAAAGGCCUUUGAUCUCUUAAAUACUAUGAAUUCUCUUGGAAUUUUGCCCGAUGGAGACACUUACNUUAUUGUUGAAGAAGAUGAGGAAGAUGAUGAUAUUUCCAAAUGA